AUGUCCAGCGCUGCAUCCCUCCCACGCCCACCCGGCACCACCGUCGCCGCCUUCAAGGGCAUCGCCAUUGCCGCAUCCCUCCUCUCCGCCGGCCAGCUAGCCACCAUCAGUACCAUCAUCCCCACCCUUUACCCCGCGGCGCACGAAUCCCACCGCCUGGCGGCACAACAGUUUGCCCAUCUCUACCGCACCCUCAAAGCCACAUCGGCGCCCGCAAACCUCCUCGCGGCCGUCAUCUGUGCGGCAUUGGCAUACAUGGGGUAUCAGGAGCAGCACGCUGCCGGGCGGUGGAAGUUGUGGGCUGCCUCGAGCGUUGCAAUGGUUGCACAAAUUCCGUGGGCUUUGCUGGUCAUGGAGACGCCGAGUCAGAAGUUGCUGUGGGUGUCAGAGGUGGAUGAGACGGCGACGACUACUCCCCGCCGCUCCUCGGGGAUUGGAGUACGAGUUAUCGCUGCGUCGCCGGAACGAGGCAUCGAAGGGGGUAGAGGCCCUGGGUUGGCGGGAGGAAGUCUGCUGGGAGUGCCGCGCAGGGGGGGAGAUGGAGCCAUCACGCCCAUGGAAGAGUUUGAGCCGUUUGGAGAUGGGCCGAUGGACGAGCGAGAGUACGUGCAGUUGAAGGUGAUUGAUUUGCUCAAGACAUACAACUCCUACAACGUAGUAAGGACGGCCGGGGCGUUGGCUGCGGGCUUGCUUGGGCUAUGGGCAGGGUUGACGACAUGA